AUGGGUUACAAAACCAAUUCUUACGACAUGGCAGAAGAAGCAACUUUGCCGAAAACGCAAGAUCGUGAACCCACAGGCAAAGAAGGUGGACUGGUAUGCACAGGUUUUUGCGGCGGUAUCUUCACCGUCAUCGCCUUAUUGGUGUAUCUCUAUAACUUCGUCGACAAUGCUCCCUGCGACGCCAAAUUCUCAAUCGAAUCCAUUGCCCUAUCUCCCUCCUCCGCUACAUGGCAUGUUGAUUUCCUCGUCAAAAACCCGAGCUCUAGGUAUUCUAUCCUCUACGGAGGCGACGAAACUACGGUGAGGCUAGGUCCCUUAAACGCUGCCGUUUUAAAUACUUCUCACGAACGUAAGUCUCCAAGUCACACGGCUUUCUCAGUGGAUUUCGUUGCCGAGGGUAAUACAAACGGCGUUGUUUUUGAACAAUUAGAUAUCAAGUUAAGGGCAAAGCAUAAAAAUUACGGAGAGAGCGAUAACGCUGGACAUGUUGAUAUAAGUUGUUACGUGGAGCUUUUUGCUAAUUCAGUCUCCGUCUCAAACGCAAACGUUUCAACCGCUGAUUGGAGGAUUGGUUUCGUCGCAAGGAGUCCAAAUACAGGCUGUGAAAUCUCUCUACAUCCUCUCAGUUCGCGUUUACUCCGUGGCAGCCAUGUUAUCUCCAACCCAUCAUCUCCCUCGCCGCUUUCUUUAGGAAACAGUACUGAUGUCGUUUUCGAGAAGGUGGUUUUGCCGCAAGUUACUGAAGACGUGAUUUGGGAUCUUCGUGUUGAGAUUUUGUAUGCUAUGAAGACACGUGUUAGAGAUGUAAGAGGUUUAUUGACGGCUGUUUGUCCCGAUAUUCCGGUGAAAUUCACGACGGAUCCGGCGGGAAAGAUGACGGGAUCGUUGCUAGGAUAUAUGAGACGGUGUGAGCUUGAAUUGCGCGCAGACUUGGCUUAG